AUGGACGCAGAAAUAGCAAGAAUUUGGAAAUCUGACUAUCGUAUUAAGGUUCACAGAUCAAGAAAUGACAGCAACAUGAACGAGACCGAGCGAACUAAUUCAGCAAUUGGCGAUGCACUUGUUGAUGGUGGCACAACAGAGUGGGAAAGACAAAAACUGUUUGAUGGCUUAACGAAUGAACAAAUUUAA